AGCAGGAGACGCUAGUAAGCUGCGAGCGAGCGGUUUUUUCUCGGGUAGCGGCAGCAGAAGAGUAGAGGGAGGAUUCUGAGCGGGUGGGGCCAGCCGGCGAAAGUGGUGGUGGUGGUGGUGAGGAAAGUCGGCAGGAGUCGCCCCAGCGGCUACGCAGGGCGCGGGAGGCUCCAUCCGUUGCGCGGGCCGGCUGGCCUGAGGUGGGGGCGAAGGCGGUCCGGUGCUGAGGGGCUCUCGGCAUUCGCAGAAAUACGGUCAUGAUGGUAUCAAUUCCAGAAUACUAUGAAGGCAAGAAUGUCCUUCUCACAGGAGCUACUGGUUUCAUGGGAAAGGUUCUUCUUGAAAAGCUGUUAAGGUCUUGUCCAAAAGUAAAAGCAGUUUAUGUGUUGGUGAGACACAAAGCAGGAAAAAUGUCCCAAGAAAGAGUGGAAGAAAUGAUCAGCUGCAAGCUCUUUGACCGACUGAGAGAUGAACAGCCACAGUUUAAAGAAAAAAUUAUAGCAAUUGCUAGUGACCUUACAGAAUUAGAAAUGGCCCUUAGUGAAGAAGACAAAGAGACUCUCAUAGAUUGCACUAAUAUUAUAUUUCACUGUGCUGCUACUGUAAGAUUCAAUGAAAUUCUAAGAGAUGCUGUUCAGCUCAAUGUAAUUGCGACACAACAGCUUCUUUUCUUAGCCCAGAAAAUGAAGAAUCUGGACGUGUUUAUCCAUGUUUCAACAGCAUUUGCCUAUUGCAAUCGAAAGCACAUUGAGGAAGUUGUCUAUCCACCUCCUGUUGAUCCCAAGAAAUUAAUAGAUUCCUUAGAGUGGAUGGAUGACAGCCUAGUGAAUGAUAUUACUCCAAAACUGAUAGGAGACAGGCCUAAUACUUAUACAUAUACAAAAGCCUUAGCAGAAUAUAUUGUACAACAGGAAGGUGCAAAAUUAAAUGUAGCCAUUAUAAGGCCAUCAAUUGUAGGUGCCAGCUGGAAAGAACCUUUCCCAGGAUGGAUUGACAACUUUAAUGGACCUAGUGGCCUCUUUAUUGCUGCAGGAAAAGGAAUUCUUCGAACAAUGCGAGCCUCCAACAAUGCAGUUGCAGAUCUUAUUCCAGUAGAUGUAGUCAUCAAUGCAACAAUAGCUGCUGCUUGGUAUUCAGGAGUUAAUAGGUAUAGCAGACCAAGAAAUAUAAUGGUAUACAACUGUACAACGGGUGGUACGAAUCCUUUCCAUUGGGGUGAAGUUGAAUACCAUGUAAUAUCUACUUUCAAGAGGAAUCCUCUCGAACAGGCCUUCAGACGGCCCAAUGUAAAUCUAACCUCCAAUCACCUUUUAUAUCACUACUGGAUUGCUGUAAGCCAUAAGGCCCCAGCAUUCCUGUAUGAUAUCUACCUCAGGAUUACAGGAAGAAGCCCAAGGAUGAUGAAAACAAUAACACGUCUUCAUAAGGCUAUGAUGUUACUAGAAUACUUUACCAGUAAUUCUUGGGACUGGAACACAGACAAUGUAAAUAUGCUUAUGAGCCAGCUGGGUCCUGAAGACAAAAAGGUAUUUAAUUUUGAUGUUCGCCAGUUACAUUGGGCAGAGUAUAUGGAAAACUACUGCAUGGGAACAAAGAAAUAUGUUUUGAAUGAGGAAAUGUCUGGUCUCCCAGCAGCUAGGAAACACUUGAAUAAGUUAAGGAACAUCCGUUAUGGCUUCAAUACCGUGCUUGUUAUUCUCAUCUGGCGUAUCUUCAUUGCAAGAUCACAAAUGGCAAGAAACAUCUGGUAUUUUGUUGUGAGCCUGUGUUACAAGUUCCUCUCUUAUUUCAGAGCCUCUAGUACUAUGAGAUACUGAAAAGGACAAUUAUAGCAUUAGGACAUCUAUGCAUAUGGUGGUCUAAUGGCACAAAGCCGUAUAAUGUACCUACUCAUCUUGUCUUUUGUAAAACCAUGAAAUAUUAGAUCUGGAUUGUGAAAUACAGUACAUGUGAUGCUUAAUUGUGUAUUUCUGUGAAGAUUAUAUGGCUGGUUCCGGAGCAAUCUGUCAUUAGGCAAAUACGUAGGUUAAAUAUCCAACAAAACAGAUUUAAUAUCUCUGUGUGAGGAAAACCUUUAGACCACUGACCAGUGUAACUGUGCAAUUUUGGAAUGCAUUGAAUUAAAAUCUGCCUUAAAAUAGUAAACUCAAUUUUUAUGGCAAAUAAGCUUAUUUAGUUAAGGUGAACCAAUUAUUGACAUAGGUGAUAGACUUAUUUAUUUGAGACUUUUAAAUUGCAAUGUCUUUGUAAAUGAUCGUGAAUUUGGCUUUCUGUUUGUCCUUUAUUGCUCUUGCCUCCUUCCUGGUGACUGUAAAGUUUACUUACUGAAAUGAGACCUACCUAAUUGAACCCUGCUUUUGAAAGUUUUCCUACUGAUCCAGACUAACCUACAGGAGAUUACUGUUGAAAUAAUUGGCCAUGAUCUAAAGGGCAUAUGUCCACGUUGCUACAUAAACUCCCCCCAGUUGAGAAAGCAAGUCAAGCGGUGGCUUUCCUUACAUUCUCUGGAAUCGUAAUUUAUAAGAACUGACUGUAUGGCCAAGAGAAGAAGUAAGCUUAUUCCUAAGAAUAAAUACAAAUGAAGGAAACACAUUUUUACUAGAAUUUUUCCAACGUCGUACAAGAAAUCAGGAAUGUCUUAAUUUUUGUUCUGAGAUCCAGAACAUAAAUUUGUUUAGGGAACACCACAUCCACUCUACAUACCCACAACAUUUUGAAACUGAAUUCUUAAUUACUUUCUUCUAAGCUGUAAAGACAACAUAAAUAAAACUUGGCAUUAUUUUAAAAAUGGAGGAAGAUGUUAAAUAUUAAGUAAACAUCAGUCUAUUUUCUGCAUGUUUAAUUUGCAUUCACAAGAAACAUAUAGGAGUCCUCAAUAAAAGAUGAAAUAUAAUUCAGUAAAAUUUUGUGGUACAACUUAUUUGUAUAAAAGUCUAUAGAAACACUAACAUUCCUCCUUAUUUGAUACAGCCAACAUCCCUCUGUGGUGUGGUGGUAAACUGAUCAACUUUUACUGUAGCGAUUUCUUUUUAUAAUCACUGUCUAGGUAAAUUGAGAAUGAUUUCUGAAUAAACAAUGUAAGCGUUACACAAAGCACAUUUUCUAUACUCAGCUGCUGUGGAAAUUAAACUUCCUUGAACAUGUAUCUAAAUUUGGAGAAAAAGCUUCCUAGUAAAAGAUAAUUUUUUCUCACGUAGAGCUUAAAUAUAAUUUUAAAAGUUUUAUGUGUACUCUUCCCAGAGAUAGAACUGUUGUAUGGUCAAGGACCACACAUUAAGAAGUGUGAGAGACUGUUGUGACAGUGAUGGAACGUACAAUAAAUUGUGGAUUUUGUGAAUGAAGGUGUUACAGUGGACAAUAUUCCUAUUAUGUUACAGCUGCUUCCUAACUAUCCUUCUCUGUUGGACUUGAAAUCAUUUACUUAGAAUUUGAGCAUGCCUGUCGACUUUUCUUCUUUUUUUUGCACAAGGUGCCUGGAAUUCUCCAACCCACCAUAAACUGUGUGGGUAUAGUUUAACUUGGUGAAAGAAGCAUUUGUAAGAUGCUUGGAUGUUAUUUUCACUUUCCUCAGUGUAUCUUGUUCUUAUUGAACUCCUCAAAAGUAAUACAACUGAUAAAAUGCCAAUGUUCAUAAUGCUGCUGAAGGGAAUCAGUGAUUAAACUAGUUAUGCAAUUUUCCUUGAAAGAUUCUAAUACCUAAUGGCUGCCAUCUUGGAGUCCCUGGGUUUGAUUUGAAUGUUUAGUUUUCCUCAUACAAAGAAAUAACACCAUGCUGUUCUGUAGUGUUUUGGCAUUCCACAAAAAUUGUUGCAGUUCAUAUUAUCAUAUCUUUCAAAUCUGGAUCUUAUAGUGUUGCAGUUCAUAUUAUCAGAAUUGUUAACUAAAACAAAGGGGAUCUAUAAUUUUGUGUGUUCUAAGAAAUCUACUCAUGGACUUUAAAAAUAGUGAAAUCUGAAGUCACAGAAGACCAUUUUAAGCAGGUGAUCAUUCAGUAGGUCUGCCAGAGCUCAAAAUUUGGGACCAUAGGAAGAACAUUACCCUGCGCUGGGGUUUUCUGAUGUGGAAACAGAUUCUGCAAAGAAAAUUUUAAAUGAUAAACUUUUUAUAAAACAGAAAUAUUGGGUGCCUUUGUUUGUAAACCAAAAAUAAAAAGAUUCCUGAAUAUGUUGUUUGUUGAAUGUAUCAAGUUGUGUAAACUGUGUAGAAGCACUAAUAGAAAUCAUUUUGAUUAAACAGGACCAGUAAAAUCAGCAUCCAGACAUCUUGAAAUGGUCUGAUUUCCAGAAAUGGGAAAGAUACAAAAUUGGUGGAUCACUCCAACUAUUCUUGUUACCAUUAAAAGAUUUUUUCCUGUCUUGAAAUAUUAAAACAAGUGCAAAUACAGAAA